UAGCCAGGUGUAGCAGUGGGAAGAUGUUGGGUCUAGUGUUGGGACAGCUUUAUGUAGGCCGUUUGUGAUCACAGUUUGUCAUCGUUAUACUGCAAUUAAUGUAUUGUUUAGUGUUGUGUUGUGUAGUGGCUUUACUGGCAUGCAUACCACUUUUUGCCCCACCAAGAUUUACAUGCUAAAAUCCCACACACACAAAACACAUACAAACAAAGGUAACCUGGUAGCCAAAAUCAUCCCCACACUUUGAAUCAGAACAUAAUAAUUCAUUGUUAAUUCAGAAAAUAUUCUGGAAAGUUAGUUGUCUAACAUAACAAAUAUUAUCUCUGUCUACACCCUCCUCUUCCCUCCCUCCAUCUCUGAGCAAGUGGAGCGUAGCGCUGCGCUUUGAUGUGGUGCUCUUGCGCACCCAAUGUUCACAUACUAUAGUGGGCGUGGUGUUGGAAAUGGAGAUGGCGUCACCGGUAACGUGUUAUGUGUGUACAUAGUAGCAAGAUUACAACGAGCCUGUGACAGAAGAGGCACACGAGUCAGAUCAUACAAGUCUGACACUUACAGCAGGACCAGGACUCGCUGCGAAUUCAAACCCCGAAGAAGAGACACCAAAUAUUUUGGACCAAGAGGAGCUGACAAGGUGCUACAAAGAAAAAGGGAUUCUGACAUGCACUGGCAGAAAUCACCGAAGGAGAAGCCGUGUUACACUCUUCCCACAGUGAAGAAACUCCUGGAGCAGAAGAGGAAGAGGGAGACCUCCUCGACGGCAACAACCAGUACCGGUGUCUCCACUGCCACUGUCCUCUCCCAACAGGUGUCAACACCAGAGAAGUCUACCUCAACAGGUGUAGCCAGCAGCUACUCAGACAUGGCAGUGGGGUAUGAGAGAUGGGGUCCUAUGGAUGAGCACCAAACCCUCUUGGCCAUACAGGAAGGUCCAUUCUCCCCUAUGGGGAACAAUUACUUCUCCAGCCCAUCCUCCUCAAUGGACUACAGCCAUACUCCGGCCUACAGCCCUCAGAUGGUCUCCAGCUACAACACACAGCAGAUGCAGGACUACCCAGACACCAGGAUGCCUCAGCAUUAUACGGAGUGUCCAGUGACCGAGGCUGUGUCUAGUUUGGUUCCUUCUGGGCCCCUGCAGACCACUGUCUUCUCCUGGUCGUCGGGGGCCCUGGGCCCCACAGAACCUGUCCAGCAGGUGUUUAGUGGCCAGAUGGAUGUCACUAAGCUGGAGGAAGCCAGGAUGUUCCUCAGAGGGAUGGACUACAGCAGAACCACCUGGCAGGAUGACGACGGAGACACGAUUCUGCAUAUCUAUACAGCCAAGGGCCUGAGGGAGUAUGCAUUCGCUGCAGCAGAGAGGCUUGCUGAGCUGGGCAGGCUAGACUCCAAGGAACACAAGGGGAAGACUGCUUUGCUGGUGGCGGUGACUGCUAACCAUCCGGAAAUCGUCCAGGAUCUGUUGUCUUUAGGGGCGGAUAUAAAUGCCUGUGAUGUCAAAGGUCAAACAGCACUUCAUCUUGCUGCCACCUAUGGCUUCCCCAGGGUUAUGCAGGUUAUUCUCUCCAUUGGGCCUGGAGUGAACCUGGAGGCUCGCAAUUUUGAAGGUCUGACUCCUCUGCACUGUGCAGCCAUCUCCCACAGUGGCACCCUGAAGACUCUCUCCUCCCUCACCUCCACAGGGCUGGGUGAUGCCAGCCUGCAUGCCCUGGCGGAGGAGAAGCUCUCCUGGCUGCAAAUGCUCCUUAACACCGGAGCCUCCCUGACCAGCCAGGAAAUCAAAAGUAACAAGACUGUUCUUCACCUGGCUGUGAAGGAGGGGAACAUCCAGCUGGUUCGCCAUCUGCUGAAAACCCCCCUGGACAACAUGAGGGACUUUGUCAACAUGAAGGCCCACGGUCAUACCGCACUGCACAUGGCUGCUGGUCUCCAUGGCAGCCCACACCAGGAGGAGAUGCUGAGGCUGCUGCUGAGCAGAGGGGCCGACCCCAGCAUCCGCAACCUGGAGAACGACCAGCCUGCACACCUGCUGCAGAGUGGACCCCACGGGGAACAGCUCAAGCUCAUCCUGAAAAAGCGAAGUGCUUCCUCUCGUCGACGUGUAAUGUCCUUACAGGACCAAGAGUGACCCGGACUACUUUUUAUGUCCCUGUGUAUCCCUCCACCUCUUUUCAGAGGAAGUACUGAAGGUCUGUACUGUAGGUUGAAUCCAGACAUCUGUACUUCCAACAGGGAGGGAUUCUAGCGUAUCUUCAUGUGAGGAUUUUCAAACACCGUGAAUCUCUAAUAUAUACUAGAGCAUUCACUUUGAAACUAUAUGUUUGAUUGACAUGAUUUUGGUCCCUAUCUGAAUUCAGUUAGCAAUGACGUUUAUGUAUUUUUAUAUCUUAAUGGGCAGCUAUUGUUUUUGUUUAAUGGAUAUCUAGCAAUGAGCAGUGGUAACAGGUGGUAUUCCAGUCCCCCCUGACAUUACUGUCACUCAGUACAACCUUGAUUUCUAUGAUAAUCGUUUACAUUAUAUUCAAAGCUUCCGAGACUCAUUGUAUGAGUACCCCCCCAGCCGGGAAGCCCUCCUUAGUGGUAUAUCUGAGGAGGGUUUCUGGGCUCCCACCCCCACUCAUUCUCUUGUCAAAACUUCCCACCAUGGUCAGAAAUCAUAUUGGUUUGUUGAAAGGUGGUUGUUGUUUCACUAAGCAUGUGACACAGUGUACCAUUGUGCUCAUGCUUUCAAUGUUGCUUAUAACUUAUCUAGGUCUUUUCUUUUUAUAUUUGAUAUACUCACAGCACUCAUUGAAUAGCUAAUAUAUUGUCAUUGGUGGAAAAACUACUCAAGUAUGACUUUUGAGUAAAGGUAAAGAUACCUCAAUAGAAAAUGACUCAACUAAAAGUGAAAGUCACCCAGUAAAAUAUUACUUCAGUAAAAGUGUAAAAGUAUUUAGUUUUAAAUAUACUUA